ACCCCUACGCUUGUUGGAUCUGGGCUGUGGCACUGGCAGAGACUCUCUGUGGGCGUCUCGAAGGGGCUGGUAUUGCACGGCAGUCGAUAAUAUUGGGUGGCGAUUGGACCUGUUGAGGGAUGUGGGUGCCAUGCACGGGUUGGAUGUCCACACAGUAACCGCUGAUGUUCUAAAG